AUGUUAUCGCAAGAACAAAAACAUGGUAUUUUGUUAUUUGAUGAAAUAAUGCUCCGUGAAAGCAUUGCUGUUAAAUCAACCAACUUAAGCUAUGUUGGCUAUGAAAAUUAUGGAAACGAAAUACCUGCUUCAAAUACUAAAGCUAACCAUGGUUUGGUAUUUAUGUUUCAAAGCUUGUCUGUCAACUUUUGCCAACCUGUAGCUGUUUUCACAUCUACUGGCACAGUAAAAGGUAUUAUACUUGCACAAUUAAUUGUCAAAGCAAUUUAUUUACUGGAGAAUAGUGGUGUAAAAGUGGAUGGUAUUGUUUCCGAUGGUGCACAAACUAACAGAAGACUAUGGACUGAACUGAGUGUUAGUGGCUCUAUAAACAAUGUGAAAAAUUCAUUUCAAAAUCCAAUGGAUGAGAGUCGAUCCAUUUAUGUAUUUUCGGAUGUUCCUCACUUAAUUAAAAAUAUAAGAAACAGGCUCAAUAACAAAACUACAUUAAAAGUAAGUAAAUAA